GGAUCUCUGCAGAAAUCUUGGUUUUCUUAAUUUCUUCCUUCGACAAAUCGAACCCCUCCAUGGUUUAAUCUGCAGCUACUCAUACGCUCCGGCGAGCGCAUAUAUAUGAGAAAGAAUUUGGAAGAGAUUGCAGGGGCUACAGUCGAGGAAAGACGCUCACUACUGCUCAAACUUAUGAUAUCAUUGCAGAAGUUAGCAUCUCUCCUGCGACAGUAGUCCCUAUGAAUUUCUCCUUUCCUGCAGCUCGCUGCUUCUUGAUGAGAUCCAUAUAUUGAGUUCCUUCCUAAGGGGGAAUGUGUGUGGCCGGCCGGUACCAACAACAUUGGCCUGAUUUUCAGCCUAGAUCUUCCCUGUAUUAUGUUUUUCUCAAAGCAAUUCCCUCGCCAAAUAUUCCUUCCCUCCUACUAGAAGGAUUUGGGGAAGGUGGAAUCUGGGGAGAGGUGGCGGGUUUCUCCCUAGGGUCUCUCUCUGGCAUCGGAGCUCCUCCUUUCCUACUUUCUUCUUACCCUUAUCUUUCCCUUCUUGAUCUCUCCUCCACCUUCGUCGACUGUUGUGUCUGGAACACCGAGGGAUUUGAUCAUAGUAGUGGAUUGGGCUUCUCCUAUUCAACGAGUAGGAACCUCAAUUUGGCAUAUCUCCUCAGAUGGGAUUUCAACGGAAGCCAAAUUCAACAAAGCUAUUUCUUCCUAAUUUCCAAUCAGGCUAUUGACUAUGGAGGGCAAGGGAUGUUGUGGGUGAAGCCAGUUACAGUUUGCACGGGGCGCAUGAUACUCAAGCCGGCAAAGGGGCUCUAGUUCCCUUAAUGGGUUUCGAUGGUAUGGGUUUGCAAAGGUUUGGAAAGGAUGGGAACAUGUUCAGGAGUGCAUUGCAGAGUGCACAAUGGCAACUGGGCUGCCUGGUUCUUAUACGGAACCAGAUAUUGAUGAUGUGGCCGCUUGUGUUCUGUAAGGUAAGCACAUUAUUAAAGACUAGUGCAUUGU